AUGACCGUCACCUUCGGCGCCAUUUGCAGUCUCCUACAAAGCGUCGAGACCAUCACGACACGGCGACCACGGUUACUUGCCAAGCAAGAGAAAUACCGUAUACGCGAGACAACCUCGCAGUGGUUCCUCAAGCAGAGAGAAGCCCUAGAUGAUCCCGAUACAAACGGGGGUGCCGUCUUGUCUGCUCUCUUUCCACAUCGAAGGAAAGACCGAGUCUAUGGAAUGCAAUCGCCAUUACUGGCAAAGAAACUCGCGAACCUACUUGCCUUCAACCACGGUCAAUUGGCUCUAUACGAGGGCUGGCACACAGGGAAACACGGUGACCUUGGGGCAUAUGUCGAACGAGCAAUGAAACCUUGGGAUGGCACAUUCGCAAGCAAACGUGCAUUUCCGAUCGAACGAAUCGAUCGAUUGCUGGUACAAUUAGCAGCGAGGUAUCGGUUCUCCGACGAGGGCAUCAGGAAGAAGCGUGACUCGGAUUUCCAAACGGAUACCGAGCUGAAGGAAAUACUCGUGAGACUCGAGUCGUGGGAAGCAAAGUGGCUGGUGCGUCUCAUUCUGCGAGAUCACUGUACCGUGGAGCUCGAUGAGCAGUUUGUUCUGGAAUGCUACCACUUUCUCUUACCAGAAUUGCUAAUGUUCCAAAAUGACUUCGACGCCGUCUUCAAGAUGCUCAGAGGCGAUCUGAGCUGUUAUCCCGCAGUACCAGAGCCGUCCAAGCAAAGAUCUAUGCGUGUCGACGCGGCCCAGAGAUUGAGAGCUAUUGUUGGAAUCAAGGUGGGGCGACCGACGUUCCACAAAGCUUGGUCUUUCAAGCAUUGCAUGCAGCUUGUGGGUCAGCGCGCUUGGGCUGCCGAAGUGAAGUACGACGGCGAGUAUUGUGAGAUACACAUUGACUUGGACAACGCACCUAAUGACAUCCGCAUCUUUUCUAAAAAUGGAAAAGACGCAACGGCGGACCGAAAGCCUCUGCAUGCCACGAUCCGCGAUGCCCUCCGUAUCGGUCGGCCAGACUGCAUCUUGAAGAAGAAGUGA